CGACCAGCUUUAUUUGCAGUCAUGUUUUGUGCUUAUUUAGAAAAAUGAAACAAAAAAACAAGCUACUUUAUUAUAAAAGUGUAUGCACAUCCUGAUUGGAGACCUUUGUGCGAGCUUCCAACCAGCCAGUCAGAAGUCGACACCUGAGAGCGUCAGUGAGAGAGGACCCUCUUGCACUUUUCAGUAACAAUCCCCUUUUACCUUCAGCCAAGUUGAAGUCUAGACUUUGAGGGAAAGUGUCCAACCGAGGGAUUAUCGCGCGUAAAUGGCGCAGCCCACCAGGACGCGUCUCUUCAUGGGCUUCUUCACAUGACCAAGACCUGCACUCAGGGACCUGUAAUGUGGAUCAUGGAUAGAGGGCUGACCGGGACUCAUCUUCUUCUCGCUGUUUUUGUCACCACUAUUCCCUCCAGGUUCACAAACGGACAAGAAACCACGAGUGGGCUCAGUGGUUUUAGUUUGAGUCCACCCUACUUCAACCUGGCACAUGGAUCGAGGAUUUCUGCAACAGCCACCUGCGGGAAGGAUGACUUCGGGACACCGAGAUCUGAUUUGUACUGCAAACUUGUUGGAGGACCCACCGCUGGAGUUCUUACUCAAAAUAUACGGGGCCAGUUUUGUGACUACUGCAACGCUGCUGACCCAAGCAAAGCCCACCCGGUGACCAACGCCAUUGAUGGGACAGAGCGCUGGUGGCAGAGUCCUCCACUGUCCAAGGGGUUAGGCUACAACGAGGUCAGCGUCACCCUGGACCUGGGGCAACUCUUCCAUGUUGCCUACAUCAUCGUAAAGUUUGCUAAUUCACCACGGCCCGACCUGUGGGUGCUGGAGCGCUCUGUUGACAACGGGAGGACCUUCAUCCCCUGGCAGUAUUUUGCACACUCAAAGCACGAGUGCAUUGAAAGAUUUGGGAAGGAGCCCAACGCUCGACUUGUAAACGAUGACGAUCAGCUCUGCACCACAGAAUAUUCUCGAAUCGUCCCGCUGGAGAAUGGAGAGGUUGUGGUUUCCUUGAUUAACGGACGGCCAGGAUCCAAAGACUUCACCCGCUCGUUUGUGCUGCAGGACUUCACCAAGGCCACAAACGUGCGCCUGCGCUUCCUCCGCACCAACACUUUGCUGGGCCACUUGAUCAGCAAGGCCCAGAGAGAUCCCACCGUCACACGCAGGUACUACUACAGUAUCAAAGACAUCAGUAUUGGCGGGCGCUGCGUGUGUCAUGGCCAUGCUCAGGUAUGCGGUGCCGGUCUCGAUCCCGAAAACCCAAACAAGCUCCAGUGCGAGUGCCAACACAACACCUGCGGAGAGUCAUGUGACCGCUGCUGUCCAGGCUUCAACCAGAAGCGGUGGCACGCUGCGACAGUUGACAACCCUAAUGAGUGUCAGCCCUGCCAGUGUUUAGCCCACGCCACUGACUGUUAUUACGAUCCAGAGGUGGAAGCGAGGAGAGCAAGUUUAGACAUCUUCGGCAGGUACAGCGGAGGAGGGGUGUGCAUCAACUGCCAGCACAACACUGCUGGAGUUAAUUGUGAGCGAUGCAUUGAAGGCUUCUUCAGACCUUAUGGAGUGGCCGUAGAGUCUACCACUGGAUGCAUACCCUGCAGAUGUGAUGAGCGCACCACGAGUGGCUGUGAAAUGGGUUCUGGAAGGUGCAUCUGCAAAGUGCAGUAUGCAGGCAACAACUGUGAGCAAUGUGCUGAAGGACACUAUUACUACCCUCAAUGCAUUCGUUUUCCAGCAUACCAGACGACCACAAAAUCCCCUGCAGGACCGAUUGUAGUGCCAACUGGCUGCCCUGUGGGAUAUUUUGGCUCAGUCAGCUGUCAGCAGUGUGUGUGUGACUACAGAGGUACGGACAGCAAGGUGUGUGAUGCUUUGGGGCACUGCCUUUGUCGUCAUACUGUGGAGGGUCAGCGAUGUGACCGUUGUCGGCCAGGCUACCACUCCUUCCCAAGCUGCCAUGCAUGUCCUUGUGAUGGAGCUGGUGUAGCUGAGAGUGUCUGCAGCCCCAGCGGUCACUGUAUUUGCAUCCCCAAUUAUGGGGGCAAGGGGUGUGACCAAUGUGCAACAGGUUACUACGGUUACCCGGAAUGUGCUGCCUGCCAGUGUUCCCGGGCAGGCUCGUACAGCACAGCAUGCAACCCGGUAUCAGGUCAGUGUCUGUGUCUUCCUGGGGUGGUGGGCCAGCAGUGUGACCGCUGUGCUUCUGGACUCACUUUCCCUGCAUGCUCAGCCUCCAUCGGUCAGUGUAAUCUAUCCGGAACUGAGAGCAGGGAUCCUCAAACGGGCUCCUGCCGCUGCCGUCCCAACUCAGAAGGAGCCUUGUGUGACAGGUGUAAACCUCUAUACUGGAACCCGGUAGCUGACAACACACACGGCUGUGAAGUGUGCAGUUGCGAUGUCAAAGGGACGCUGAGUGGUGUUGGGGAGUGUGAGCAGAGAGGUGGCCAGUGCCACUGUAAGCCUCAUGUAGGUGGGCGUGUGUGCUCCUCCUGCAACAAUGGCUACUUCCUGCUGCAGAAAAAGAACUACUUUGGCUGUCAAGGUUGUGAGUGUGAUAUAGGUGGUGUCAUCAACACAGCCUGUGACGAGACAUCAGGCCAAUGUAGUUGUCGCAGUAAUAUAGUCGGCCGGAGAUGCACAGAGCCAGCAGUAGGCUACUAUUUCCCCACCCUGCAUCAGUUCAAGUAUGAGGUGGAGGAUGGGACCACACCAAAUUCUAGACCUGUGCGCUUCGGUUACGACCCCCAAGAGUUCCCAGAGUUCAGUUGGAGGGGUUAUGCCGUACUGACUCCUGCACAGAGUGAAGUCAGAGUAACAGUGCAUGUUGACCCAAAAGAUGCCAGGCAGAACUUAUUCCGUUUGGUGCUGCGUUUCACUAACCCGGGUCGCAACAGUGUGACUGGUAGCAUCAAGACGGCUAAUAACAGAGGCAGUGCAGCAGGGCCAAAACAGAGUAAGGAUGUAGUUUUUCCAGAGAGUCCUCAGCCAUCUUUCCUGACUGUGCCUGGUAAUGGCUUCACUGAGCCUUUUAACUUGGCACCUGGGAAGUGGAUCAUUCACAUAAAAGCUCAGGGGGUUCUAUUGGACUAUUUGGUCCUGCUGCCCCAGGAUUACUAUGAAGCGCUUCGGCUUCAAGAAAACAUCACAGAACCCUGCACAUAUGCACCCACAGCACAGAGGAACAAGAACUGUCUGUUGUACAAGCAUGUGGCCAUGGAUGCGUUCAGCUCUGCCUCAGCCUCACAGGGAAUCCUCUCAAGCAGGAGUGGUCGAAAGAGGAGGCAGGUUCGAGUGCGUCGUCCCACCUCAGACCACCCUGAGAUGACCCCUCUGAAUGGGAGACAGUCUCAGCUGCAACUCAGUCUACGUGUGCCUCACCCUGGACUUCAUGCUCUUGUCCUGGAGUACGCCAGUGAGGUGGACAGUCUCCAGAACGUCAACAUUCUCGUAAAUGUCCAGCAGGGUGGACAGAUCCGAGCUAGAGCCAAUGUUUACAGCUGUGUCUACAACUUUUUGUGUCGGAGUGUGGCAGUGGACAGCAGGAAUCAGGUGGCCAUGUUCCAUCUCAGUCACAGAACAGAACUUCUUCUGCAGACGUCCACUGCCUCCUUUCUGCUGCACAAAGUGUACGCCGUGCCUGAAAAGGAGUUCUCAUUGGAGUACUUGGAGGCCAAGGUGCUGUGCGUCUCCACUCACGGUCGCUUCACUGUAGACAGUCAGUAUUGUGUUCUGAGGCAUUUCAACAGUCCUUGGCCAGGCUGGGUUUUGCACGCGGCCCGUGAUGGGAAAGUAACUACAGCUCAUCAACAAGGCGAGAGCACGGACUGGCGGCAGAGAAGACAGUCAGACUUGUUUUCUGGUUUUCACCCUCACAGUGACAACAUCCUGCUCAAGUACCCUCAGACAGGGAUAAGUUUCACCCCUAAGGUGCCCCUCCCUGGAAGAUACGUGCUUCUUGUGCAUUAUCACCAGCUGGAGCAUGUCUCUUACCCUGUGGAGGUCCAAGUGGAAGCUGGGCAUAGCUGGAAGGGUUCCAUAAAUGCAUCGUUCUGUCCUUCAGUGUCAGGCUGCAGAGACGUCCUUGUUGCUGAUGGCCGCAUUGUCCUUGACUUUAGUCAGCAGACUUGGCAGCUGCCAAGCAUCUCUGUAGUUAUUCCUCCUCGCAAAACCCUCAUUCUGGAUCAUAUCUUUCUGGUUCCUGAGAGUCUUUACACGCCUGACCUUCUCAAAGAGAACCCCCUGGAUAAAUCUGCACUUUUCAUCCAGCAGUGCAGAGGAGAAGGCUUCUAUAUAGAUCCAAGAACUUCUUCACAGUUCUGCAGAGACUCUGCACGUUCCUUGGUGGCACUUUACAAUGAUGGAGCUCUGCCUUGCAAUUGCGACCGCUCAGGCUCUACAGGAAGCGCCUGCGACCCAGCUGGAGGGCAGUGUCCAUGCAGGCCACACGUCAUUGGGCAGAGGUGUACUAAGUGUGCUACGGGAUACUAUGGCUUUCCCUACUGCAGACCUUGCGAGUGUGGCCGCAGAUUGUGCGACGAAGUGACAGGUCACUGUGUGUGCCCACCUCAGACAAUCAUACCGGCCUGUGAAGUGUGUCAGAACCAGACUUUUAGUUAUCAUCCUCUGCUGGGCUGCGAGGGUUGCGAUUGCUCCCAGAAUGGCGUCCAGGUCGGUGCAGGGUCCAACUGCGACCGUGUGACUGGACAGUGCAGAUGCAAGCCCAGGAUUGGUGGACGGCAGUGUAAUCGAUGUGCUACAGGUUAUCACCACUUUCCCGAAUGUGUGCCUUGUGACUGCGAACAAGGCGGUGUCACACCUGAGGUGUGUCACCCUGACACAGGGAGGUGUCUCUGUAAGAAAAACGUUGCCGGCAUCAGGUGCAACACGUGUCAGGGCGGCUCUUUCUACUUCGACCCCUCCAACCCGAAUGGGUGUACCAGCUGUUUUUGCUUUGGCGCCACUGACCAAUGUCAAAGCUCCAACAAACGCAGGGGGAAGUUUGUCGACAUGCGUGGCUGGAAGUUGGACAGUCCCGACCACAGAGAGGUACAGUCCGUGUUGAACACGGCCAGUAACACGGUGGUAGCAGAUGUCCAGGAGCUUCCAUCUUCAGUUCAAGCGUUACACUGGGUGGCACCACCCUCAUACCAAGGAAACAGGGUUUCAUCUUAUGGUGGAUUCCUUACCUACCAAGCAAAAUCAUUUGGCAUUCCCAGUGAAGGAAUGACCCUGAUGGACAGAACACCUGAUGUCCUGCUGACUAGUCAGGACAUGACAUUGGUCCAUUUAGCACCUGAAAUACAGCUGCCAGACAGAGUCUAUCAGGGCAGAGUCCAGCUUGUGGAGGCAAACUGGCGUCAUGCUGGUUCUAACAGGCCCGUGUCCAGAGAACAGCUCAUGAUGGUCCUGGCUGCUCUGGUCCAUGUCAGGAUCAGAGCCUUGUACUUCACUCAAAGCCAGCGACUGAGUCUCGGCGAGGUGGGCAUGGAGGAGGCCACCAACACGGGGACAGGGGCUCCUGGGAACAACGUAGAGGUCUGUUCCUGCCCCCCUCAGUUCACAGGAGACUCCUGUGAGAACUGUGCUCCUGGGUUCUUUCGAGACGGCAACGGGCCAUACCUGGGCCGCUGUGUGCCCUGUAACUGUAACGGUCUUGCAGACGAGUGUGAGGACUGGACCGGAAGGUGCUUGAACUGUCAGUACAACACAGCAGGAGACAGAUGUGAAUACUGCAAAGAAGGAUAUUACGGUAACGCGGCUCAGAGGACGUGCAAAGUGUGUCCAUGCCCUUUCAGUGCAUCUACAAACAGUUUUGCAGUGGCUUGCAGAGAGAUCUACGGAGACAUCCAGUGCAUUUGCAGUGCAGGCUACACUGGAGAAAGAUGUGAGAAGUGUGCCCCUGGUUUCUAUGGUGACCCCUUGGCUCCGGGAGGAAGUUGCAGGCCCUGCGAUCCCAACACUGGAGUUUGCAAGAACACACUGGAGCCUGGAGACACAAACACAGACGACCGCUGCCAAGAAUGUGAUAACUGUGCCCAGACUUUACUGAAAGACAUGGAGAAGAUGGAUGACGAGCUGGCACGGAUCAAAGCCCAGCUGGACAACGCCUCAGCCAGCGCCUCUUCACAGGACCAGCUCAAGAAGCUGGAGCGAGCCAUGUCCGACACCAAGAAUCUGGUCCACAAAUUCAGCUCGUCUGUCAACGGCCAAAAUUCCAGGGUCAAGCAGCUGGAAGAAGACAUGCAAACCCUCUCAGAUGACAUCGCUGCUCUGAGAGACAAGGCAGAUACAACGGCUGUCGAUGCUGACAAAGCUGUUGUUGAUGUUGAAAAAACCCACAAGCGAGCACAAGAGUUGGACCAAGAAAUUCAAAACAUGCUGAAGAAAAUUCAAGUUCUGCUAGACCAGCUGAGUGAUGGGGGCUCCAGCGGCGGCACACAGCCAAAUGAGAAUGCAGCUAAAAUGUUGGAGGACGCUAAGCGCAUGGUGAACGAGAUGGAAAGUAGGAACUUCACCCCUGAGAAGACCGCUGCCGACAAAGAAAGGGAGGAGGCUAAGAAACUCCUGGACUACAUCAAGGCUAAUGUCAGUAAACAGUCGGACCAGAACGAGCUGACAGCAGCAAAGAUGCAGGACCAAUUAAAAGACUACGAGGCCAAGUUGAAAGAUCUGGACAAGUCUCUGAAGGAGGGUAUAGACCUAGUAAAGAAAGCCAAUGCCCAAAAUGGACUCAACGCUAAGGCUCUACCGGAUCUUCUGAAACGCAUCAAUGACCUAAAAAAAGAACGGAAGACCGUAGAGGACCAAAUGUCAAUGGCGAAAGAUGAACUGAAGAAAAUAGACGAUUUAGUCAAAGCACUAUCCAGCAAUAAAACGGAAUAUGAAAAGUUGGCCGCUCAGCUAGAUGGCGGCAAGACCGACCUGACCAAGAAAGUCAGUGACAUUUCCAAAGUAGCGGCUAAAGAAGGCAUUGUGAACGAUGCCGAGGAUCACGCUAAGAACCUCCAGAAGCUGUCUAAAGAACUUGAAGAUUCAGUGAAGAACGCUAGUGCCCGUCCCGAGGUACGUAAUGCCAAAGAUGCCAUUGACGCCUAUAAGAACAUCUCAGACGCCAUAAACGCCGCUGAGGCCGCAGCUAAGGAGGCAAAAGAUGCAGCUGAAAAAGCCUUAACUAAUGUAAAAAACCAAAAACUGUCCCAAAGAGCGAACGACCUGAAAGAGACUGGUGCUGACCUUGUGCAGAAUGCACAAGAUGCAGCCCAAGACCUACAGAAUACUGCCAACGUGCUUCCAGACAUAAAGAAACGCCUGAAGAACGCAGAAAAGAAGAAGAAGGCUCUGGAGAGAGAUCUUCUCGAUGCAAAAACGCAGCUGAACAACAUCAACAGAGAUGACAUUGGAGAUAUGAUAGAUGAAGCAAAGAGGAAAGCAGCAUCAGCUAAUGACUCGGCCGCCGACACCAUGAACAAACUCAUCGCCAUGGGCAAAGAAAUGGAAAAGAUUAACAUCAUGCCCGGAAAUUCCAACAUCGGCAACGUAAUGGAUGACGUGGACAAAUCUGUGAAGAACUUGUUGAACACCAUCCCGUCACUCAAUGAUAAACUCUCCGAAGUGGAGAGCUUGACUUCUUCGCCCUUGAGCAACAUCACAGAGAACAUCAAGAAGAUCAAGGAGCUCAUCGAACAUGCCCGUGACGCAGCCAACAGGAUCACCAUCCCGAUGGCGUUCUCAGGCGACAGCUACGUGCAGCUGCAUCCGCCCAAGAAUCUGGAGGAUCUGAAGGCCCACACAGAUUUGUCGUUGUCCCUGCAGAGACCCGAGGGCAGGGGGGACGGACGUCGCAGACGCAAGCAAGCUGCAGACAAGGGAGACAUGUUUGUCAUGUACCUUGGCAACAAAGAUUCCUCCAAGGACUACAUCGGCAUGUUCCUGAAAGACAAUGUGCUACAUGGCGUCUACAAGCUGAAUGGAAAUGAGAACUUGAUGGAAAUAGGUUACAUCACCACAUCUCCACAUGAGAAAGCCAACUUUGAUAAAGUCAACCUACAGAGGAUUUAUGAAGACGUAGAGAUGAUCCUCACAAAAGACAGCUCAUCAGAAACUCCCGGCAAGGAAAUUACGAAACAGAAUAAAGGAGAUGACUCCAAAAAUCUCCUGAACCUCACGCCAGAUGAUGUGGUUUUCUAUAUCGGAGGCUACCCUUCUGACUUCACGCCGCCAAAUUUGCUCAACUAUCCCAUGUACCAGGGUUGCAUUGAGUUGUACUCUUUAAACGACAAGGUUGUCAGCCUCUAUCAUUUCAUACAGAUAGAAAACAUCAACAAGCAGCCUCCAUGCAAGAGGUAUGUGGCACCUUUGGAUUCCUACUACUUGGACGGCACUGGAUAUGGCAAAGUGAACAUUGACAAGAGUCCAUCAGUCCUCCUCAUCGGCAUGUCUCUCUUAACACAUUCAGAAAACGGACUGCUUUUGUACAUCGGCGGCAAGGACGAUUACUUUGCGGUGACAGCAGAGAAAGGUGUCGUUUACCUGCAUAGCAACUUGCUGCAACAACCUGCAACUGCUUCCUUGAAAUCAUUCCCGGCGAACGACUGGGUGAAUGUCCUCAUCGUUAUUACAAGCGCAGGGAAAUUUACAGUGAACAUAGCCAGUAAAGUGGUGGCGUCAGCCCAAGCUCAGUUCGACAGCAAUGACUUUCAGGAGUAUUAUAUUGGUGGUGCACCACAAGACUUGAGAGAAAAAAACAACAUCACCAUUCAAGCAUUCAAAGGUUGCUUGAAAAACGUGAAGCUGGGCAGAAACUUCAAACUGAUAGACGAGCAAGUGGGCAUCAGCAAUGGCUGCCCUAGAGAUUUCCUGACCUCACGGAAAGCAGAGUUCAGCUUGGGGAGUUCUCUGUCUGCCGACCUCUCGGGCUUCAGCCUGGCCAAUGAUGUGACACUCUCGCUGGGCUUCAAGAGCACCGACAACCAGGGUGUCCUCCUGCUAAACAAAGAGCUGGGGAAUGCACUUCAGCUGGCUUUACAAAUGGGCCAUGUGGUUCUGUUCUUUAACAACAAAAUGUGGACUUCUAACAAAAAAUACGAUGAUGGCCAGUGGCAUUAUUUGACUGUCACCAGAAGAGCUGGCAGGACAGAAUUGAUCAUUGAUGAUGAUGACAUCGGUAGAGAAGAAGAGAACAACAAUCCCAACCUUCCAAACACAGGAGGCAGCACCGUCCUUGCACUCGACAACUUUAAAGGCUGCAUCUCCAACCUCUACACCAGAAGGCCCAGCCAUCUGUACAAGGCCGAGGACCUCACCAACUUCAAGGCGUCUGGAGACGUCCUGCUGGACGUAUGCACCAGUGACAGUCCUGUCCAACAGAUGCUUGAUCGCGCCCCCAAGAAGGAUGUCAUGAUACAACGGCUGAACGAGAGGGUGUCCAAUGCGUGUGCGCUACCUGGCUUGGUGAAAGACGCUUAUCACAUGGGCGGGCCCGUCAGCCGCUUGAGCUACAGCCUGCCACUACAGGUGCUUCAGCCCAGGCCCCACUUCUCCAUGGACGUCAGGACACGGUCUCCAGAGGGCCUGCUGUUCUUUGCUGCUACCAGAGGAGGGCACUCUCACCUGGCUUUGUACCUGUCAAAAGGCAGGAUCAGACUGUCUGUGGGCAAACACAAUGAGAUCUUCAACAGGGAGAAAUACAAUGAUGGAAAGUGGCACUCGGUAAUGUUCAGUUUAGAGAAGAAGAAAUUUCGACUGGUGGUGGACGGGAUCCGAGCACAAGACGGUCAGUUGACUGUGGCUGAUGUGGCCUCCAUGAAGCACUUCAUGCCACCUGUGUUGUUGGGCAGUGCCCCAUACUACCUCCACAAAGAGUUAAAGGCCAAGUCUCUGCCAAAGCAAACUGUGUCGGGCUGUGUCCGCAAUUUCAAAAUGAAUGGAGCGCCCAUGUUGUAUCCAUCCACGAACCACGGGGCCGGCCCCUGUUUUGAGGGCCCGACCCAGAGAGGGGCUUAUUUCUCAGGGAACGGAGCGUACGCCAUCAUCAAUGACUCCUUCGCCGUGGGAUCCAGUUUUGAAUUGCUGCUUAACAUCCGACCAAGGAAGCCCACCGGACUCCUGUUACACGUGGGUGAUUCAUUUGGGGCUCAGCCAGGAUCGACCACCUUGGGUCACUAUGUCAGCAUUUACCUGCUCAAUGGAGAGGUGGUAGCACAAGUGAGCAACGGCAAAGGGGAAUUCAUGGCGUCCGUGCAGCCAAAAACGACGCUAUGUGAUGGAAUGUUUCAUAAAAUAUCCGUCAUCAAGAGGAAGCACGUUGUUCAACUGCAUGUGGACACAGUGGACACAUACAAGAUAGGACCACCGUCCUCCAUCACCACCACCAGUAAAUAUCCCCUCUAUGUGGGGGGCAUUCCUGCUGACACAUCCUCGUCACUGAUGACGCCGCCCGUCAACUCGUCCUUUGUGGGGUGCAUCCAGGACAUGACUCUCAAUGGCGAGUCAGUCUCUUUCGCCAGGUUGUCCUCUGUGUUUGGCCCAGUCAACCUCAAAGAGUGUCCGGGUUGAACAACAUGAGGCAUCACUGUGUCUUUUUGGGACCACCUCCAAGCCAACCAUGAUGUGCAAUGUGUUACCAAGACAGAGAAUGUGUGUCUAAGAUUGUAUAUAGUAUAUCGUGUGUGUGUGUGUGUGUGUGUGUGUGUGUGUGUGAGAGAGAGAGAGAGAGAGAGAGAGAGAUGAAUGGAUGUAUUUAUUUCAGAAUCAUGACAAACACCAACUUGUCAAAACUCCUAAAUAUGUGAUGGCUGGCAGUGUACAUAACACAGCACUUUCAGAACAUUCAUGAAAGAUAUUUUAUGUGUUGGUGCUUGAAUGGAGAUGAAAAAUAACAAUUGUUAUGAUUAUUAUUAUUACAGAUGGACCCAAACAUUUAUACUAUAUUUUUGCUGUUGAUGGUGCUUGUUUGAUUUUCAUUUUUCUUUCUUGUAGCAUGUUUGGUUAUGUCUGCUGCAUCAGACAUGGUAUUGAUUACAUUUUCCAUUUUGCAUUCCUUUUGCAUGCAUUCUUCUCUGAAGUGUCUGUCUGCGCCAAAAAAAAACAGCAUGUCCUGAUUUAAGUGGAGUUGAAGACUAAAACCCAAGAAUAUCAACAAGGUUUACCUCUGAGUACAAAAAAAAUGCAAAACAAUCGGAUUUUUAAUUUUUUGUUAUGACUCGCAUUCCUGUUUUGUGACCACUGGUUUUGUUUACCAUUUUGUAAUACCUCCAAUUAAAU